GUUCCUGGGUGGAGCUGCACUUCAGCAGCAAUGGGAGCGGCAGCGGCAGCAGCGCCACGGCGGGGAGCCAGGAGCAGGUCCCUGCCUCGCUCUCCAUUCACAACGGGGACAUGGAGAAGAUACUCCUGGACGCACAACACGAGUCUGGGAGAAGCAGUUCAAGGGAGAGUUCACACUGCGACAGCCCUCCGCGGUCCCAGACGCCUCAGGACAGCCACAGAGCUGCAGAGAUAGAGAGCCACAGCAGCGGAGAAAAGAACAGCUUUCAGUCUGAAGAGGAUUUCCUGGAAAGGAGGAAAGAAGUGGAAAGGCUCCUGAAGAAGAACGCGGACUGGAUCUGGGACUGGUCCAGCAGGCCCGAGAACAUCCCCCCAAAGGAGUUCCUCUUCAAACACCCCCGGCGCACAGCCACGCUCAGCAUGAGGAACACCAGCGUCAUGAAGAAAGGGGGCAUUUUCUCUGCGGAGUUUCUGAAGGUUUUUCUUCCGUCGCUGCUGCUUUCUCACGUGCUUGCCAUUGGGCUCGGGGUGUACAUCGGGAGGCGCCUGACGACCACGGCCUCCAGCAGCAGCUUCUGA